AGCAACCAAGCCGACGAUCUAGUUAACCAUUUUCUCCACGUGCUCGCGGCAGAGCUAGUUUGUCGUGCCUAGCGUUGAUCCUCUCUAAAGAGAUGUGUUAAUAACUCCUGGACUCGUGAGGAUUAUACAUUUGAGGAUACCACCAACUAGAAAAGGUCUAUCGACCAUGGCCGCCCAUUACAAUAUAUCAGAGCAGCCACCAGAAUUCCCUUGCAAUGGUGACGUUGCAGGAAGAUCGGCUGACCAUUUGAGCGCUACAGCCUCCCGCAACAAUGCCAAAGGCCAGGGAGAAAUGCCCACCACUACAGACAAGUGCUGGGGAGUGCCACUGUCGUUGGCGGGUGCCGGAUUCCUGGUCGGUAUGCCUUGGUCGUGGUUUGGGCUCCUGCUGGUGUUUUUCGUGGAGAAGUUCGGCAUUACCAGGGAAGAGGCUUCCUGGCCGAAAAGCGUCGCCACUACAAUCACGAACAUCUCAGGUCUGGGCGUCUAGGCACUUCAGCGGUACAUCAACACAUACCACGUCGUGCUUCUUAGCACCAUACUAACAUCGGUAGCCUUUGUCUGCGCAGCCUUUGCCCCAAGUAUGAUUUGGAUGACCGUUACCGUCGGAGCGAUGCACGGCUUGGGACACGGAACGUUCCUGACGGCGUCAGUCAUAUAUACACUCCAUCACUUCGACAAAUACCGCUCUGUCGCAACGUCUUUCAUCUUUAUCUCAUAUGGCCUGUCAGCCAUUGUGAGCAGUUCGUGCUCGCGGGGCUCGUGGACGCGUACGCCCUCGAAGGAGCACUUCUCGUCUUCGGAGCAAUGCUUUUAAACUCAACGGCAUUAGUCAUGCUGGCCAAAACCCCUUCUCCUAUGCGACUGGGUUGGACACGAAGUACAGUGCACCUUCCGCAGAAUGGCGUCAAGAAACCAGGGUGUUAUGGUUCCACCAAUAUCGAAAACUCCGCCUGCCAAAUCAGCAUUCAACAAAAGCAAAGACCACAACCAACGACAAAAUUGGGGCUUGAAGAGAGCGCCUCACUGAAAGACGUGAUGACGAUCUUCACCAUGCCUUCCUUCUACGUUCUCCUCGUAGCAGUAAUCGUCGGGGACUUCACGACGGUCGAAGUCUUCGGAACCAUGGUGGAUUACAGUCUAGACAAAGGCAUACCAGUUGAGACUGCCAAACACAUGAUAACGCUGUUCUCAAUAGGUCAGGUUGCCGGCCGCACAGUGGCACCUUUGGUAGCCGACUGCAUGCCCUGGACCCGUCGUCCUUUGUACUCUAUCAGCUUCGCGGUAGUCAGCGUGUGCCUCAUCGCAAUGCCUCAUGUGUCCAGCUUUGCGACCUUCGUAUCACUCUCGUUGCUAGUAGGAGUGUCUCAAGGGUACAUUUUGUGCAUCAGGUACGUGCUUACCGCGGAAUUCGUGGGUGUCCAACGGACGGCGGCUUGCAGCGGCAUCAUCGGCGUCGUCAUGGUGCCUGCGUACCUUGUCAGCCCGAAGUUAGUAGGUAUCUUCCGUGACGCAAGUGGUUCGUACGACAACUAUUACCGCACACUGGGAGCCUUCAGCUUAGCGGCCGCCGUUCUCUUCGCAGCGUACGAUGCUUGCAGCCGGAUUCCCACGGAGCGCACAAAACCGGUCAAGGACGAAGGCGGCGUGAAGUACAAUUGUCGAACUUAAAUAUCGACUUCUUCAGGUUACGCCAUCGCCGAUUUUUCAGUGCUUGGGAGACGCAGGCAAGGGCAGAGGUGGAACCCUUGCUGAAGUAUUCAUGUGAACUCUAGGAAAGGGGACGUGAACACUGAAGCUAAAAUUCAAGCAUUCACCCAUGAAAUGUUCAGAGGUUUCACAAAGUGACUUUAUAGCUAACGUUCUCUAUUUACAUUGGUAAACUCAGCCAGUGUUUCAAUGGCUCUAAACAGUUUUGUGAGGCCUCAAUCUGACCAAUCAGUCGGAAACCAAAUUUACUAGUUCAAAUUUUGCGUAACUUCUGUGCAAGGCGCCAUGUUACAGUACCUAUGCUAUGGCGCCUUGCACAGCUGCUACAUCUAACUUUCAGUGUCAUCAAUACUACUUUCUCGCCAUGAUAGAAAUUGGACGGGUUGUUGCAGCUUCAGCUUCACUUAUCGAGCCUCGCCCCACUUCAGAGCAUCGUCCCACUCCUUAAGCUAGUUCAAUGACACGGCACAUUCACGCAAUCAAUAAGAUAUUCACCCUAAUGAUCCAAUAUACGUAGGCUUGAUUAUUGUUUAUGUUAAAGAGCUCUGUUUAUCGAUAAAACAUGAAAAUGUGUGAUUUAGAACAUGUAAGUAUGUUUAGAGUGUAGGAACAAUUGUUUUAUAGAUUAAACUCUCUGCACGCAUUUCUUAUCAAAUCAUGCAUAAAAUUUAGGUCUCUGCAUAUAGCGCUGCACAUGCUGCUACCUAAGAUGUUGUUAUGCUGUAAAUACCAGCAUCGAACAUGGCUUCUCUGAAAACAAUGUUAUCGGCCCGUGCGCAUGCAUCGUGUCCGAAUUUGACAUGUGAUCACUUGAGACCGACGUUUGGCUUGGGUUGUUUUUUUGACUUUUUUAUUGCGAUGCGGCCAAAAUGAUGUUAGCCCAUGGGUAAUAUUUAAUGAACCAUUUUCGUCACUGAAACACAACAUAAGGUGGGGGGGGGGGGGCUGUAUGUACUUGAGCAGGUUUUAUGGACAUGAGUGUUUGACGGCAAAUGUGUAGACAGUCAGGCUAUGCUUCAUAUUACCGUCAACUAAGGUCGUAGUAGGUAUUUCUCGUUUGUUUGUUUGUUUGUUUGUUUGACCAUUGAUUGAUGAAGCUGUAUGCUUCCAAGAAACAGGGUCGCUAUGAGAGACACAAGCUUUUUGAUUGCUGUAUAGUUUUACCACCUGGCUUUAUUUAUUUAGGGUUUACGGUAGCCUGUGUAUCUAUUAUUACCGCGCGAGCACGGGCAGUGCGACACGUACGUAGGGCCCUUGAAAUGGCUAAAAUGCUCUGGUCGGCGAUAGUAUGAGCAAGAGUGCAAAGCACUCUUGCUUGUGCGAGCGUCAUCUACGCUGUUCGCUCCGGGGAGGACACCCAUCCAGCUAGAGUUAGCUGCACUGUCUGGUUUACAAAAAGAAAACACUGAGAAUUCAUUUUUGACUACGAUGCGUUAUCUGCGGUUCCUGUUUCACUAUUUGCAGCUUACUUGAGGCCACGCAUGUGUGACAGAAUUAGGAUAAAAAGAAGAAAGUAAAUUGAUGAGCACUUGCGAGGUAUUACCAUUACGCAAUCACCGCAGAUUCUGCCCCCUUGACCGAAUAACGUCGCACAAGAUCGCGCUGGCACUCCUACGCAUGCGCAGAUGGUUCCGGGCAAAUCAUACGCGUCUUAGCGGAGCGCGAGCACAUAUAUGUGUUCCAGACAGACAGACAUCCGUUUCUGGCUGUCUCGCGUUUCGACAUGUCCAGCUACGCAGCUACGGCGUGGUAAAAUCAACACUCACUCAGCUAGAUUUAUUUCAUGCGAGAAUGUGCUUCUUUGCUUUUACGCUGAUCUAACAGAUAUAAAUAAUAAAAUUUGCCUAUAUGAAUA